GCCCGCCCGCGCUCCUGGCGCAUUCUGCCCAGUAGUAUUUCGUGGAAGCGCUGCAGCCCGAUCCCUGGGCGGCCGGUCGGAGCAGAGAGCUUGGGUCCUACAGGCGCCAUCGCCCUCCGGCGUGGAGCCCACGCCCCUGGGGCUGGGCUGGUGAGGGAGAGGUGUCCAACCCUCUCUUUUUGGGAGAUGACAUGCUGAGGCCUGAGGGUUUGUAGACUUUGUUGACAUGCUGAGAGAUCUAGUUUACCAGCUUCGGGGCCUGGAGAAGUGAAGAGUUUGCCUGACAUCAGGACCACAGCUGAGUGAAGAAAGCAGGUAGAGGAGAGAGAGAAACAUCAAUGUGAGAGAGAAACAUUGAUUGAUUGCCUCCCAUAUGUGCCCAAACUGGGGGUCAUAUACACCUGGACCCAGGAUUGGACCCGCAGCCUAGGUCAGGGGGCAACUGCCACUGAAAGACAGUGAGUGACUUUCCAGGACAAGAACCAAUGGGGGGGAGCAGCCAGAAGCAUUGACUGAAAGCUUCAAGUACCUAAAUGAGUGAUGAUGGUCUCCAGCUGCCAGAGAAGGCUGUGGAUGCCCAGGGGAAGGUAACCGUCUCGCACGCCCUCGAGUGGAACCGGAUGCCUCUCGGAGCCCGCACCGGCUGGCAGUAGACAUGGCCGAGUUUGCAAACUACAAGGAGACUGCCUCCAGCCGCCACCUGCGCUUUAAGUUGCAGAGUCUAAGCCGCCGCCUUGAUGAAUUGGAAGAAGCCACAAAAAACCUCCAGAAAGCGGAGGAUGAGCUCCUGGACCUCCAGGACAAGGUGAUCCAGGCGGAAGGCAGCAACUCCAGCAUGCUGGCCGAGAUCGAAGUGCUGCGGCAGCGGGUGCUGAGAAUCGAAGGCAAGGACGAGGAAAUUAAGAGAGCUGAGGACUUGUGUCGGCUGAUGAAGGAGAAACUUGAAGAGGAGGAAAGCCUCACGCGGGACCUGAAAUCGGAGAUUGAGCGGCUUCAGAAGCGGAUGGCCGAGCUGGAGAAGCUCGAGGAGGCCUUUAGCAGGAGUAAGAACGACUGCACGCAGCUCUGCCUGAGCCUGAACGAGGAGAGGAACCUGACGAAGAAGAUCUCCUCGGAGCUGGAAGCGCUCCGAGCCAAAGUGAGGGAGCUGGAGACGUCCGAGGACCGGCUGGACAGGACGGAGCAGGGGCUGGCGUCCGAGCUGGAGAGGCUGAAAUCGCUGACGCUGAGCUUCGUGAGCGAGAGGAAAUACCUAAGUGAAAAGGAGAAAGAAAACGAGAAAAUUAUAAAAGAACUCACUCAAAAACUGGAGCAGAACAAAAAGAUGAACCGAGAUUACACGAGGAACGCUUCUGACCUUCUGGAAAGGAAGGACCUGCGGAUCGAGGACGGCGUCCCCUCCUCACUGCCGUCCAAGGAGUCAAGACGGAAGGGCACUCUGGACUACCUGAAGCAGGCAGAGAAUGAAACGAGAAACAAGUCUGAAAACGAAAAGAACCGAAAUCAGGAAGACAACAAAGUCAAAGACCUUAACCAAGAGAUUGAGAAACUUAAGACACAACUCAAACACUUUGAGUCUUUGGAAGAAGAGCUGAAGAAGAUGAGGGCCAAGAACAAUGACCUUCAGGAUAAUUACUUAAGCGAGCAAAAUAAAAACAAACUCUUGGCCAGCCAGCUGGAGGAGAUAAAGCUACAGAUCAAGAAGCAGAAGGAGUUAGAGAAUGGGGAGGUGGGAGGGGAGGACGCUUUCCUGCCCAGCAAGGGCAGGCACGAGAGGACUAAGCUGAGAGGCCACGGGAGUGAGGCGCCCGUGUCCAAGCACACGUCUCGGGAGCUGUCCCCGCAGCAUAAGCGGGAAAGGCACCGGAACAGGGAGUUUGCUCUUAACAAUGAGAACUAUUCUCUGAGCAACAGGCAGGUUCCGUCCCCCGGCUUCCCCGGUAGGAGGGCAGCCAAAGCUGCCAACACGGGGACAGGGACGGAUGGUGGGGCGCAGGAGACAAAGAGGACCGAAGAUCGGUUUGCAUCUGGCUCCUCGCAGGGCGAAGGGAAGAAGUCCAGGGAGCAGCCGUCCGUGCUCAGCCGCUACCCCCCCGCUGCUCAGGAGCACAACAAAGUUUGGAAGGGCGCUCCCAAGCCAGGUACCGAGAGCGGGCUGAAGGGCAAAGUGGAGAAGACAACACGGACAUUCAGCGACACCACCCAUGGGUCUGUCCCCAAUGACGUGCUGGGUAGAGCGGACAGGGCCUGCGACGCCCCCGCCGAGGCCCCGUUCGGCAGGAGAGGGCAGGCGCCCAGCAACGGAAGUCACGUCACUCAGGCCGCAGACUGUGGCAGCUCUAAGACCGGCGGAGCUCUGGCCUCGUCUCGAAGAUCUUCCUCGGAAGGGCUCUCGAAGGGCAGAAAGGCUGCCAACGGCCCAGAGGCUGACACCGGCUCCCCGGGUGCCAAGGCACCACUUCUGUCCAAGCACCCUUACAGCUCCAGAAGCCAGGAGAACAUCCUUCAGGGCCUCUCAGCCCCAAAUAAAGAAGCCGAUCGCCCCGUAGCCGUUGUGAUGGAAGACAGCAGUCAGCACGAAGCCCUGAGGUGUCGAGUCAUCAGAUCUGGUGGCAGAGAGAAGCCAGACUCAGAUGACGACGUGGACAUGAUGUCUCUGGUUACCGCCAAACUGGUGAACACAACCAUCACCCCGGAGCCAGAGCACAGACAGCCCAGCUCGCGAGAAAAGGCCAGACCCCGAGGGGGCCCCAGAGCCUCCCUGUUCGAGAACGAUAAAGACGUCGGGGCGGAAAAUGAACCUGCGAAGCCUGCCAGAGCCCCCACCAACCCCGCGGAGUUCGCAGAGGCCAACGGUGCGGGGGUGAAGAGCCAGAGGCCCUUCAGCCCCAGAGAGGCCUUGCGGUCCAGAGCCAUCAUCAAACCUGUCAUCGUUGAUAAAGAUGUGAAAAAAAUCAUGGGAGGAUCCGGAGCGGAGUCCGCGCUGGAGAAGCAGAAGUUGCCCUCCAAGCCAGGGCCAAACAAAGUCACAAGCAGCAUUACUAUCUAUCCCUCCGACAGCAGCAAUGGCCCCCGCGCUGCCCCUGGUGAGGCCCCGCCGCGCGAGCGGCACACGGCCACCAGCAACAUCCAGGUCGGGCCGCCAGAGCUCGCGGCAGUCGGCAACCACGUCAGCUCCCCCUUCGAGCUCUCCAUACACAAACACGACAUCACCUUGCAGUUCUCAGAAGCCGAAAGAGUGGGCGACGGGCCCCUGAAGAACAGGACGGAAACGGUGGUCUCUCGCAGCAGCAUUAUAAUCAAGCCAUCGGACCCCGUGGAGAGGAACAGCCAUGCGCCCCCCGCGGAGACAAUCAGGUGGAAAAGCCAUAGCGCCCCGUCGGAGGCGAGCCCUUCGGAUGCCAGGCAUGUGACCGUGCGGAACGCCUGGAAGAGCAGGCGAGACCUGAACUCCUUAGAAGACCCCCCAACUCAGAUGGGUAAAAAUGUGGCGUCUGCCAAUGCCUACACCCAGAGGUCUUCCACGGACUACUCCGACCUUGAACAGCCCAGGUCCUACCUUUGCGAGCAGGGUACUCGGAGGGUAGGAAACCCGGGGGAGGCCCCCGAGCUCUCUUCCAGAAGGACCCACAGCAGCCUCACUGUGUCAGAGGUGCUCACUCGGCAGAAUCGGGUAGGAGACGCUGUCACGGCCGCCGCCUGGAACCACCUGGCAGGCACGGAGGAAGAUGAUGACUGCACACACGGUGUCCACAGGCGACUGCACAACUCCCUGGAGCGGUCCGACCUGCCCGUGAAGCCGGGGCCAGCGGAGCCUGGGCAGGCACAGGCCGAGGAGCGGAGACGGCCAGCCAGGCCCUGUGCUGAGGACAACUGAGCCGGCGGGCUGAGGCGUGUCGUCUCCUCUCCUGCUUCUCAGCUCUCCCACCUUCCCUUCCUGUGAAGGUGGGGUCCCGGGCCAGUAGCCAGGCAGGACACCAGGCCUUGGCUGGGAGACUGUGGCAGAGAGCCAGGCUGUGGCUCAGGUCAUUCCUGCCGGUUGGCCAGAGGGGAUCAGAAACUACAAGCUGGACAGUCACCCAGGCUUCCCUGAUUGAUGCAUGAGACCUCCUUGUCCCUGCCCUGUCCCCCCAGGUAGAAGGGGCCACUGUGGCCCCCAAAUAGGGAAUGAUAGAAACUCCUUAUAUCCCCACCAUGCAACUGUAGCCCCUUCCUUGUGGUUAAUACUCUGAUUUCUCAGUCUCCUCACCACAUCCAAUUCGCUCCUUGUCUGCCCUAGGGCCCAAGUACCUACAUUAAGACUUACCAGCCAUCAGCUCCAUCCGGGGGCUUCCAUUUCUUGCCCCCUUGGAGUCCCUCAGACUUAUUGAAGACAUUUGUGCUGCCUCGAAAGGAUUAUGGGACUACACUUCACAUGGAAACUUCUCUGACCGGGCCCCCUUGCUAACCACUGUUUUCUGGGGGCAGAGUACAUGGGUACCCACCCACCUGUUGGAAUGACAUCACCUCUCCCCCAGCCCCAGCUCUCAGCUCACCUCCCAAAGGCACCUGGAAAUGCACAGACCUCACGCGUCUCCUUCCUGGGGCACCAAUAAUGCUGCUGGCAUUGCCUGCUCCUCUCCUGUGGCUGGAGACUCCGCGCUGACUGUGUUUCCACCUUCGGAAUAUCCCCAGACUGAACUGGGCCUGACCCAGCACACUCUGCCUUCUAGGAAGCGCCCAGCAAAGGGGAAAGUGGACAGGAAGAAGCGCUUCCCCUUCCCCCACUCCACAAAGCAAUAGUUCCGUGAGAGGCAUGGGCUUUGUUCCUCCUCCUCCGCCCCCCGUGGAGGGGGGAGCGCACUUUACCAGGCUGACGAGUUCCCGAGUAAGUGGGCCCCCGAUUUCUGCAGACCAUGACCUCACGGAGGAAAGGUGACACGUGCCCAUCAGGGGCCCCAGGUGUAUACAAUUCCAAAACGUAGCAAAGUUUUCAGGAAGCCAAUAAAAAUUGAUUAGUUAAUACCAUUCACAUGGGGAAGUUAAAAAGAACUUACAAUCUUGACACUGCUUUUCCUGUAGCAUUCUCUCGAUUCGAAGAAGGGACCCCCCUUCACAGUGAGCAUUGUUGGCGCAGGAGUCAGGAAAGCCGGGUUGCCUUCACGGCGCUGUGCUUCGCCGUGGUUUCCCUGGCUGUGAAGUGAGUGCUUUGAAGUGGCUGGUUCCUGGGGGGCCUGAAUCUGGCAGCCUAAGAUUCUUGUUUCCAUCAUCCCACUGCGGGGAGGGGGAGGUGGUGAUUCUCAUUGGAAGGUGCCAUCAGAACAGACUUGGGGAAUGUGUCCUUGCUGCCCUUGACUGCUUUUCUGGGCCCUUUUUAUGUCAUGAGUUUGAGUUCAGAGAAGCUGCCUUUGGCCUCAUUUUUCCAGUCUGUAAAAUGGAAGGGUCAGAUUAAAUGGUCUCUGUGGCCCUUUCUGGCACCAGCGCCUUGCCCACUGCCACACGGCAUCUCCUGGCUUGCACUUACGUAACACAAGUGGGUGUGCCUCCUGUUCCCGUGCUUCUCGAGUCACUCCUCCGCCUCUACUCAGCGUGGGAACCAGUGUGUACCCCGCCCCCGUCUGCACCAGACCUGGCGGUCCUGGGGGCCGGGGGAUUUGCCUCCCUUACUUUCUCGGACAGGGAUGUUUUGCUCGUUUCCGUUCUCUGGAGUUUUGCCAAUCUAAGGGUGUUGUCCUGUGGCUUGCCUUUCCUUCACAUUGCUGCCUCAGACGUUCAACUUCAGAUGCUGUUUUCAAAACCUCUUCUGCUUCUUCUGGGUCACUGGCCAGACACUAGCUUGUUCAAGGCUGCAGCCUCUCCCUUAGCCUCCCUGCCAUUGUCCACUGGUUGGCAGCCCUGCCAGUCCAGAGGAAACCGACCCCUGUGGAGGUCAGCUGGGAGCAUCAUGAAGUCUGUGGCUCGUCUCCACUGGUGGGAACCGAAGGGUGCCGAGCCAUGCCUUCGAAGAGCUGGCCGAUGAUUCUCCUCUUUGGGCAUUGGGGCCCUGGAUUCUGGUGCUGUAGCUCCUGGUGCCAAAGUCUGGAUCUUUCCACAUUUCAGCAGCAUCAACAUCUGCCACUUCCCAUAAUGCUCUGUGGAAGAGGGACCAUUGUGGUGCCCUCUUGCUGGGACUGCCAUCUUAAAAUCUGAGUGCAAUAGGGUUUGAUUGUAAUAGUUAUUUCAGGAUAAAUAUUGUUUCAUCUGCACACUUCCUAGAACCUCUAUAAAACAUUAAAAACAUGUCCUCGGCAUUGCAGAGAAUACCAUUUGUAAUAGCCUGUGAAGGCUGGACGCUCAGUCACCUGGGCUUCCAGGGACUGGCAAGGCUGGCUCUCACGUUCCCAAGUAGGGAGGCACGUGUCUGAAAAGCAACCUCAGUGAGACCGUCUGGACCCGGGCCUCACCAUCAGGGUCCUGGAGGAAACAUUCAGAACGAGGGGAGACCUGGUAGUUAAACAGUUGUCUAAUAAAGCCAAAUAUUCCUUCUCCCAGCCAAUAAACCCACUUUCAUGACAAGCCUAUUCUGCAGCUUGGCUCAACCGCUCCUAAGUUUUGCGGGCAGGUGGAUGGUUGUGCAAGGGUUCCUGGUGGGGCCGGGAGCCUGGCAACUCCAGGGCUGCUUGGUUGGAGAAAGGAGAGCUGGCUAAAUGCCAGGAGCUAGUCCUUCACGGGUCCCUUACCAUCCUGAUAGAGAAACUGGGGAGGGCUGCAGGGGUGGUAGGCGAGAGGAAACCAUGGCUGUUUUUGCUUUUGAGUGGCAAUGAAACAGUUACAAUGUGGGUUAAAGGGAUUUGCAGUGGGGCCACGGACUCCGACCUUGGCCACAGGCAAACUUGCACAUAAAUCAACCCCCUCUCAUGGGGUGUGAGAGGGUCUAUAUUGAUCUUGGACUUGUCAUCCUGGGGCAGUUUUAGUUCUUUACAUCAUAGUGGGUGAGUGCCAAGUGCUACCGCUUCCCAGUAAAGGAGUAGGGACCCAGCCUCUGGUGCAGUCCCUAGCUGCCUUUGUUGGCGUGGUUGUACGAGACUGCUUUGAAAGAGCUGCUUUUAGGGAUUAUCUUUUGAAUACCCCGAGUGGGGAACAGGGUUCUCAAAGCCUCACAACCAAGAUCAUAGGAAAGGGGCCCUAUUUUCCUGCUGCUUCACAGCUCAGAACAUGUACUGAAUGGAAUGUAUUUUUAAGAGAAUAAAGUCUAUUUUUUUGUAUUUUAAAGAUUGGGAGGGCUAGGGAAAUAGCCCUCAAAAACUGUUAAUACAUUAUAGGCCCCUUUUGCCGAGGGGCGUCAGUAUCUGUUGUUCCACACUUACUUGCUCAGGCAGGUGCUCGGGUCUCACCCCCGCCCCUUGGAGUCCAGGCGCAGCAGCUUCUACAUUCCUGCUCCAGGUAUGGGACCAAGGAGGCCGGAACCCUGCUGCUGGAAACCAGGGCGAAACCAUGAGCAGUGACUCAGGGCUCCUUGGGUGCAUGUGUAUAGUUGAAGCUGCCUGUCUGCAUGUAUCCUCUGGCUCUAAUGCUGUCUGUUGGCUCUGCAGCACAAUAUGUAACCAAUAAAACUCCCUAGUUUCCACGUG